GAUGGCGGAAGAAAACUCCGAUAUUUUGCUUGGUUCGGUACAGUUUGUCCUAAGCAAUUGGUCAGUUUUACAACUCGCUGUUGAAAAUAGUUUUGGAGGGACAGAUACUACAGAAAAAGCAAAAUGGAUGGUAGAUGUUGUAAACCAAGUGUUGCGAGAUAACAAUACCAUAGAAAACUAUGAGUUAGAGGAUUACAUUGAGGAGAUAUUGUUUAAUGAAUUUGACACUAUGGUGGAAGAUGGUAGUUUAUCAAAGGUUGCACAAAAAUUAUGUGAAUUUCACAGACUAUGGAAGGAAGGAAAAUUACUGCAGAUGCAACAGCAAAUAAGCUCAGCUCCUGUAAAAAAGUUUACACCUGCAGUCAAAAGCAAAGCAUCAGCAGCUCAUAGUGAUAGUGAUGAUGAUGACAAUGAUGAGGAACAAUUGAGGGGUACCGAAGUUCCCUGUAAUGGUUAUCACAAGGAUGACAGAUCAAACAGUUCAACCAUCAAUCAGCAAUUUAAUGGACUUAACAUCUCAGAGAAUAGUGCACAAUGUCAGCCCAGCUGCUCACAAACAGGAGCAACAGGAAAUGAGGUGUCUAGUGAGCAAUUAACCGUUCAAUCGAUGAACCAAGAUGAGGAGGAAGAAGGAUGGGAAGUCGUUCGACGAUCGAAGAAACGUUAAACGAAGUGCCUGAAAUGAAAAAAAAAAACGAAAUUAAAAGAGAUAUGUUAUACUGACAAACUAAUGUGUGU